GGCCUGCAAGUUGCUGGUAAAUUUCGAAAUCCCGCCGAAUCGGAUCUCCUUAUCCGUCAUUUUUCAAAAUUUGAGCUCGUUUGUUGUCUGUUGGUCACUUUCAUUUUGUUUAUAACGUACGUUGGUGUCACCAAACCACGCUCCCAUUCAAUCAAACAAACCCUAGAACAAGGAACAAUCCUCAAUGGCCAACCCUGAUCCCUCUCUUCCUCUCUCCCUCAAGAAGGAGAACAUCACUCCCGUUUCCUCCAAAAUCGCGGAGCUUAAUGAAUCGAGAUCGGAGCUUCUCGGAAGAGUUCAGAGCUUGAAACAGGAUUUGCAAAAUUGGAGCUCUAGGUUAGACACACAAGUCAAGGUCUAUCGCGAUGAACUGACAGAACUUAAGAAAACACUUAAUGUCGAAGUGGACCAACUUCGAACAGAAUUUCAAGAUCUGAGGACUAUCCUUCAGCAGCAACAAGAGGAUGUUACUGCCAGCUUAAGAAACCUUGGGCUUCAGGAUGUCUCAGAAGUCAAGCAUGCUCCAUCACAGGAGACAAAGAUUGAAGAAAUUGAUAAGGAAGAACAAAAGGUGGCAUCUGAAGAAGAUAAUAGCAACAAAUUAGUUGAAAAAUAAAUGGCCUUUGGGAGUAUUUGCUUUUCUCAGUGUAACACCCUAGAGAAGCUGAAUUUAUUUGAUGUGUUUGAUUGCUACUAUUAGUUAUAAUGAACGCCUUGAAUCAAUGGUAAAUUUCUCGUUACUACCCUUGUGU